AUGACUUCUGGCAAAAAUAUCUAUAUAGCCGAUGCUUCAGGUUUUAUGAAAUCCCAAAGCUCAAAUUCACUAUUAAAAAUUUUUUUGAAGGGGUUUUAUUCUCAAAAUUCAACUCAAAAAUUCAGUCUUCCCCCAUUCGAAAAAGAAAAUGUAAUUCUUGCGACCAGAAAAUUUCGUGUAGUUGAAUAUAUAAAUGAAAAAAAUGAAAAUCUUUCCACCUUAAAAAUUAUUCCAAGUGAUCUUGUGCAUCUUGACCUAGAACCAAAUGAUCUUCUGAGAUUUCUGGCUUUAAUUAGUAUGAUUGUAUUAGUACAAGAACUCCCACGUAUUGAUGGUGAGGACGCUCUUAUGAUGGUUGUGGUAACUGACCACAUAGACUAA